AUGAACGACACAGAAGGUCUCGCAAUCGCGAUCGAGGAGGCCAAGACCGGCGCCUCAGAGGGCGGCGUCCCGAUCGGAGCCGCCCUCGUCUCCGCAGACGGCAAGCUCCUCGGCCGCGGCCACAACCGCCGCGUCCAGAUGGGCUCGGCUAUUCACCAUGUAAGUCAAUCAAGCCUUUCAACUGGCCUCUCUUCAUUCAAACCCCACAAUCACAUCAAAAAAAACUCACAUAAAGCUUCCAAAACUAGGGCGAAACCGACGCCCUCUUUAACUCGGGACGCCUGCCCGGAAAGGCAUACAAGGGCAGCACAAUGUACACGACUCUUUCCCCCUGCGAUAUGUGUGAGUUUCCUUCCCUUCCCUCCCCUCUGA